AUGAGAUUGUACAAAACUAUUUUAUCAAAUCCUGUGAUUGAUAUGUCAACCGUUCCAAGUCCUAUUGAUUAUUAUUCUUUAGCAAGAUCCCUUUUUCCUAAAAUCAUUCAUUUCAGGUGUCCUUUUGACUUUUCACUUUUAAAUGAUAAUGAAAUUACAAAAUUCAAUAAGUGUUCUAUCACUCAUGGCAAUUUUGAUGCAGAAACAAUUUCAAGUCCUAAAAUGGUUGGAAGAGGAGUUAUUCUUCAAAAUUUUAAACGACCAAUGCCUUUACUUGAAAUAAUCAAACAACCAUUCAAUUCAAAAAGUCUUAUUGAAUUUAUCCAAAACGUCUCAAAUUUUCCUUCAUUACAAUACAUUCAACUAAUUAUUGGACAUGAUUUAAUGACUGAUGAAAAGACACUCAUAAGUUCUAUUAUUACCUUACUAAAUACUAUUCAAAGUGUUAAAAUUUGUAUCUGUUACGAAAUUAAAAAUAACUCAGACUUUACAAAAAUUGAACUUAUUCGGAAAUCUCUUCCUGUUUGCAUUAAUCAUGUGUAUAAUCAUGUUAUUACCUUACCUGAUAAAUUUAUUGAAGGAAAAGAAAGUGAAGAAGAAAUUUUACAAUAUAAAUUUAUUAUCCCAAUAAUUCCAAAAUUACAGGCAAAUCAUUUUAUUAACUUUUUAGAAAAUGAUAAAGUGGCAAAAGAAUAUAUAAAAUAUUUUUAUCCACUUGAAAUAAAAGGACAUCUAUAUGAUUUAAAUCUUGAACAUUUAACAACAAUCACAAAAGUUAUAACUGACAAUCCAGGAUUUAAAUUAAAAUUACCUAUCAGUUGUACUUGUUUCGAAGACUUAAGUGAUUCUUUAACUCCUGGGAAUGAAAGAAUAAUUGAAAAUAUUUCAAAUUUAAAAAUUAAAAAAAUGACUACAAGUGAUAUUCAAUUAAUUCCAUUAAAUGUUGAAGAAUUAGAAAUUCCAUUUUCAACAAUAUUACACUGCCCUUCUUCAUUAACAAAAUUAGUUCUUUAUCAAAUAGAUAAAAAAGAUGACAUUGUGUUUAAUACUCAAUUAAAGGCGUUAUCAAUAGGAGAAUAUCCAAAAACAUUUAGUAUUCCAACUACCCUCACAUCUCUUACUAUUUCAUCUAUCAAAAACCAACUUGCAGAAGGAAUUCAAAACUUAGAAAUUGGAAAAUUAAAGAAAUCUGAAUGCAACUUCAUUCCACAAAGUGUUACUGCACUGACAGUACUGUGUGGAACAACAUUUGAUCUUACCAAUCACCCAAAUAUUAAAUCAAUGAAUGUUAGAAUUACAAUUGCUAAUUCUAUAUUCAAGGCAUCAAAUUUCCUUGUUAAUGAGAACUUAGAAUUCUUAUCCCUUUACAUAGCUGGUAAAAUAACGAAGAAAAAGAGACCAACAUUUAUUGCGGAUGUAAAGAAAUUUUAUUCUCAUGUUAAGAAUGUUGUUAUUGACACAGACUUUAACCAAAUAAUGGUCAAUUAA